GGAGAAGGCGCCGACCGUCAACGAUGAGCGUGUGGGGGUUUCUUGGGGAAAUUCCCGGCGAUGGGGCUCCCUCGUUAGGCAAAUUCGAUAGCCGACCGUCUCGAGCAUUGGAAACACCCCCACGUCAUUGGUGGGGAAUUUACACGGGGGUUUUUGCACGACUCAACAGCCAGUGGGAGGCAUUCUGGAAUUCGCAGUCAUCAGUACAUGGUGACUCCAGACUUUCGGAAAUCGAUCUCCAAGGUUCUAGAGUGCCAAAUGUGCCAGAAUGCUGUUUGUGGUUAAAUGGUUGAUGCUAAGCCGAAAACAGUCGCAGAUGAGAGGCGAUGAGGAGAUGGCCGAGUCCACGUGAGCACUAAUCACGCGGUUUCCCUCUCCAUCUUUCCCCAUCCCAAUGACCGCAUCGACUGCCUUCUCAGGGUACUUCUCAAGGUACUUCUCAGGAACCUCAGCCUCGACACAGCUGGACGGGCACUUAUCACCAUGUUCGAGCGACGAGCGGCCGAUCGAUAUCGUCUGCGGAUGCACCGUGCCCGCUCCGCAGUGCUGACCUCGGACGAAAUUGUCGAGGUGCGCGCCGCUCAGCGAACAUUUGAAGGUGCCUAUGUCCGAACCGCCCUCUCCCAGUUCUCCUUCGCCCUCGUCGUCCUCAAGAUCUUCACCGCCGAAUUCUACAGCAUCGGUGCGCUCUUCGCCAUUUACGGUACCGGGGUCCUGAUUAUCGGGCUAUUCCGUCGCUCCCAAGGAAACCGACAAUUUUUCUCGGAAGUGGGAGAUGAUGGCAUCCAUCGACACAAGUUUCGGACCAGUGGAAAUGCCGUGGUAGUGCUGACUGCGCUGAGUGUAGCAGCAUACGCCUGCUUGAUCGGCCUCACUUUAAACCUGAGCAACUAG